UAACCCUCCAUCGAAAUGCAAGGUGUUCCAAAACUAAUACUUCGGCGCGUAGUUGUUGCACUGACUGCUGGUUCACACUUUGGUUUCAUCACCACUCCACUCCACUCCACUCCACACACAUUUCCUCCGGAGAUCCCAACGAGGUAUCUGCUCACACUUUACUCAUUUCCUCUUUAUAAGAAUCGAAUCUGUUCGUCGCUUUCAUUUCUGGCGACAAUUUCGGGAUUUCGUGCUGCUUCUGCGAUUUUCUUUGUGCGGAGACCUCCCAGAGCUCUCAUGGCGGCCUUCACCGGUUCAAACGCUGUUUCUUUUAGUAAGGCUGGAAUCGUUGGUAAAUUUGAAGGCUUCGUCGAUCGUAGAGCCGGUCCUAUUGAGCAGUGGUCUCCGAUUUGUGGCGGAGCUGGAUCGAAUCAGGUCCGAGGUCGCUUCGGUCUCCAGUUAAGAUCGAAGAGCUCUUCUGCUUCAACUGGAAUAAAGGCUCAGGUUGCUACAGCGGAACAAGCAAGCAUUAAGGAGGGCAAACAAGUGGAAGCGCCUGUGGCUAUUGUGACUGGAGCCUCGAGAGGAAUUGGAAGAGCCAUCGCAUUGAGCUUGGGAAAGGCGGGUUGUAAGGUCCUGGUUAAUUAUGCUAGGUCGUCAAAGGAGGCCGAGGAAGUUUGCAAAGAGAUUGAGGGGUUUGGUGGACAAGCUCUUACUUUUGGUGGAGAUGUGUCAAAGGAGGCUGAUGUGGAUUCAAUGAUUAAGACAGCGAUUGAUGCUUGGGGAACUGUUGAUAUUUUGAUCAACAAUGCAGGAAUUACUCGUGAUGGUUUGUUGAUGAGAAUGAAGACAUCUCAAUGGCAGGAGGUGAUUGAUCUGAAUCUUACUGGUGUUUAUCUCUGUACUCAGGCAGCAUCCAAAAUUAUGAUGAAAAAGAAGAAGGGAAGAAUUAUCAAUAUAGCAUCAGUUGUAGGCCUUGUUGGAAAUGUUGGGCAAGCGAACUACAGUGCUGCAAAGGCAGGGGUGAUCGGUCUGACAAAGUCCGUUGCAAAGGAAUAUGCAAGCAGAAACAUUAACGUUAACGCUGUUGCGCCUGGGUUUAUUGCAUCUGACAUGACUGCCAAGCUUGGGCCGGAAAUUGAGAAGAAAAUUAUGGAUACCAUCCCCUUGGCGAGGUAUGGCCAACCUGAAGAAGUUGCUGGACUCGUUGAAUUCUUGGCUCUUAACCCAGCUGCUAGUUACAUUACAGGACAGGUUCUCACCAUCGAUGGGGGGAUGGUUAUGUAGGUCAUGUAUCGAAUUUUCCCAACUAAGCCCAUAAGAGAGGACCGUUCAGAGUUUAGAUUAAGUGGCCGUGGAACUGCGGAUUUUUUUACUGCUGGUUUUUGGAUUCCCCUGUCGGAUGAUACACGUUGCUUUUCGCAAGUUUAUGCCUUUUAAUUUAACCCCAGAUUUUGUUUGAAGCCUUUCGAGUUGCCUGCCAUUAUAAUUACAGUUUAAGUUCCUCUCUACAGAAUUUCUGACAUUAAUUAAAUUUAGCUAAUUAAGGGCAGCGAUUUCUUAGUUCCA